AUGAAUCUCACCGGUAUCUUUCUGUACACGCUCACUUGCUGGCUUUUCAAGAUAACUACUGCAAGUCAGUGUAAGGCAGCAUCUUACUCCGUACAAGAUCACGUGCUUAUAAACCACACCAUCAAGGCCGGACUUGCAGAGCUGAUUGAACACUGCAUCUCUCGGUGCAUAGAACAUCCCGGUUGCCAUAGCAGCAACUUUUAUCGGAAGAACAGAUGGUGUGAGCUGAAUGACAAAACGCACGCUUCCCACCCUGAAGAUAUGAGACAAGUUCCAUUUACAAACUACAUGGAGAACACUCUAAGACCCCUCACCUGCAACAAAGACUCAGAAUGUGGCAAAAAUUUGAUUUGUUUUCUAUCGAAGUGCGUAGGUAAGGUUUAGUGACACACGCGCAAAGUAUACAUAAAUAACCUUGUAAUUUUUUUUUUCUAAAUUUAUGAUUUGUUUAUCCACGGAGCAAUUAGGAGUUCUUAAGAGCUCGUUGAAACGUGUCCGUGCGUUCCAGAUCGAAUUGGAACUUUUUGGAUGUGUUGGUUUUUAAGGAGAGGGUAAAACCGGAGUAACCGUAGAGAAAUCUCUCGGAGUAAAGGAGAGAACCAACAACAAACUCAACCCACAUAUGGCGUCGACACCAGGAUUCGAACCCGGGCCACAUGUGGUGGAGGCGAGUGCUCUCACCACUGCGCCACCCUUGCUCUUCAUCACUCUUGUGAUGCAGCACUUCGAAACUAUGAUAGACACAAAUUGGGUCAUGGCCAAGUAUUUUUUGCUGGCAUUUUGUUGACUUAAUGGCAAAAUGAAAUACCAUUUAUUCAACUUAUUUGCUUUAUCUCUUUUCCAGCUUUGCCCCUGGAUCCGGGCUAGAGCUACAGGCCUUAACUCUACAUUAUAUUCACAGUUUUUCCGACGCAAAUUUGACUUCCGUAUCGAGUUCAAUCGAGCUGUUCGCACUAACGAGAACAAGUACUAAACCUUACUUAAGCAUCGGUUUCACAACGGAGUCAAACUUACAUACUUUGCUGAUCCAAAUGUUUGCAAAUAAUGUCGUUUUUCUGUUUGGAUCACUUAACAGAAUGUAGUAUUCAUGCACUUGGAAUGGAAAAUAACCUUUUGCCGAAUUCAGCCAUCACGACCUCCUCGGUAUGGCCGCACUCUGGACACGAAUCUUGGCUAGCUCGUCUAAAUAAUGUUCCAGUUGGCAUGUUUUGGGACUCCUGGUCAGCGGCAUCGAAUGAAGUUGGCCAGUGGUUACAAAUUGAUCUCGGGGAGGAGAGGCUGGUGACAAAACUCGCUACACAGGGGAGGCCUUCCCCAGAGUGGCGUCAAUGGGUGACGUCAUACAAAAUUUUGUUUAGUUCACACAACUAUAAAUGGGAGGAAUACAAGGAAAAUGAUUUUGUGAAGGUAUGCGAUGCUGUUUUACUUUUUUUUCAAGAGGAAUCUUUCACAUACGAGGAAAGGCCAUCGCCACCUGCCAUCGCCAAUUUCUUUUAAUCCUUCAGAAUAUUAAAAUGUUAAAACAUUUCGUAUCUGUUCGAUUGUGUAUGAUUGUGUUAUACAUUUAUAAUCAGAAAAUGAAUUUUAAAUAAAGAUUUCCUAUCUCUUUCCACCGAAAUCGGUUGAAAGGUUAAAAGGCUAAAGGUAUGGUUAUAGUGGAAAGUACGCUUAGCUCAUCCAGCUAGCUUACAGGCCCCCUACUUAAAUAAUUAGAAACAAAUAAUCCAAACAGCGGAGGAUUAAAAACCCCAACUGGUGGGAGGCAACCAGUUGGCUACAAGCGUGGCCGAGGAUUUGACAACAAGUGGCCAGAGCGGGACUUGAACCCGGGACUGCCGGAUUGGGAGUCCAACGCGCUGACCUAUCGGCCACGCUGCCUCAUCCAAUCUGUGUCAGAGUCAUCACACACUAACCUCUCCCCGCCCAUAACAGCCACUUGACUUUGCCUUCAGUGAGAGCAAUAGAGAGGUUUCUGUGCAAUUAUUUAAACGUAACUAUCAGUAAAGGACUGGUUACAAGUGAACGUUUUCGCCGAAUGUAUUUAUUCUCUUUUCAGGUUUUCACUGGAAAUACUGACCGAAACACAAUCGUGUCACAUGCUGCAAAAUUCCGGGCCAGAUACGUGCGAUUUGUUGUGUUAACGUGGAAUGAGCAUAUAUCCAUGCGAGUUGAGCUGUAUGGCUGUGUUUUCCAUAACUAA